AUUAUACCUUCACAGGAGGAUGUGGUGUGUCAGAGACUUCUCCGCAGGGUGAAAAAGGCCCAUCAAAUUUCCCUGGAGGAAAGCAUCGCCAAGAGUUUGGAAGCCAAAGCCAGCGCCAUGAGAGAUGAAGUAAUUAUGUUCUUAGGAGGCAUCGUCAACGAGGACGCAAAGUUCAAAUGCAAGCAGCAAGUUCUAGCAUUCAAUUUGGAGUUCCGUCGUUUCUACCCAAUGGCACCCCUUCCAAUGGGCUGCGACUCGGGCGUGGCGUGCUGUCGCCAUGGUAACGACAUUCUCGUCUGCGGGCUCGGGGAAUCCCGGCAGGCUUUAGUUCGCUACGUAUCCGCGCAUAAUGUGUGGCGGGUGCUGGCGCCCAUGACGAUAGGACGACGGGGUCACGCAAUCGUUUCCCAUGGCAACUUCGUGUAUGUCCUUGGCGGGAUGAUGGAUCAAGCCGUAGACGGCUCCAAACGCAUCACGGCCAUGGUGGAACGUUACGAUAUCAAACGAAACAGAUGGGGCUUCACAGCGACCUUGCCAGAAAGUGUUUGGGGGCAUUCGGCGGUUGUUACGGGGACGAAAAUCGUCACUUUUGGUGGCUACCAUUCUCGGGACUCCCCCACGACUUCUGUGCAGACCUAUGACAUGAAGACAGGGUUAGCGAGGGUCACCAGCCAACUUCCGUUUCCGGUGGCCUUGACCCAGGCUGUGGAAUGCGACGGCUUGAUUUACAUCGUCUGCCCUACGGGGAAUAUUUUGAAGACUACUGACUGUUGGAGAUUCCAGACAUGCAGUGCGUUGCCAGGGUUCAAACGGGCUAUGUAUGGGGCCACGGUACAUCGAGGACGGCUCUUUGUCGCUGGAGGCAAGUUUAACCACGAAGCUUACGAUGACAUGAUGAUGGUGGACCUUAGUAAUCAAGCACUUGUCAACAUGCCGGAAAAGCUACCUUUGCCUAUGUACGGAUUUGGGUGUGUGGCCUUGACACUUAGCAGAGGACUUAUGGUGAAAAUGGCGUUUGAUUGAAAGCUUGCAUUAUUUGAACGAUUUAUUUGAACCAUUACAAGUGAGAUAGAAUUACCUGGAGGUCCAUACAGAA